AUGCAACGCCGUGCGGCAGUUACCGGCCUCAGUUAUAUGCGUCGCUGCUCAACGUUUACUGGAUUGCGCUAUAACUUGAUUUCUGAGCAUCAACUUCGGCCUUGGACUCAGCAUAAGGUAGCACUUCCGUCUGACAAAAGAAGCUUUUCCAGUUCGCCUUUUUGGUGUAAAAAGAAGGACAAGACGAAAGCUACAUCUGGUGCAGAUUCUGGGAAGCCGUUGCCAAAAGUAGGCGCAAGUUCUGAAGACCCGCAUGAUUUUUCACAGCUGCAUGAUGGCAUAGCGGCUGCCCUGUCUCGACUCAGAGACGAGCUCUCUAAGAUGCGUGUGGGGGGGAGGUUCAAUACCGCAUCAAUUGAGAGUCUUCGUGUGCAGCUGAACAAGAGCAGCAAGCAAUCGAUCAAGCUGGGCGAUCUUGCCCAAGUUGUUCCUAAGGGUGGACGGAUGGUAACUAUUUUGGCCUCUGACGAAGAUCAUGUGAAGCCCAUUCGAUCGUCAAUAAUUUCCUCCAACUUGUCGUUAACUCCGCAAGCCGACCCUCACAAUUCUCUUCAGCUCAACGUCACGAUCCCCCCACCGACUAAAGAGUCUCGGGAUCAAACGAUCGCUCUGGCAAAGGCGGCAAUGGAGAAAGCUGCCGGUGCCGUCCGUGAUUCACGCAGUGCUGUACAUAAACGUCUUCAGGAUUUGCAGAAAAAGAAGAUUGCCAGGCCAGAUGACGUUCGGAAGGCCCAAGAACAGAUGGAAAAGCUUGCAGAGAAAGGUCAGAAGGAAGUGAAGGAACUGUUUGAGGCUACAAGGAAGGCUAUGGAGCGGGCGUAA